CGGUUGGUGGGCGGGGCGCAGCGGGGGAAGAUGGCGGCGGCAGCGGCCGGUGGCUGUGGAUCCUCCCGGUCCCCGGAGCAGCGCCCGGACCCUUUGUCGCGCUUCACCUGCCCCGUGUGCCUGGAGGUGUACGAGAGCCCCGUGCGCGUACCCUGCGGACACGUCUUUUGCACUCCCUGCCUGCAGGAAUGUCUGAAGCCGAAGAAGCCGGUUUGUGGUGUCUGCCGCAGUACCCUGUCACAUGGAACCAGAGCUCUGGACUUGGAAAAGCAAAUUGAAACGACAGAAACUACUUGCAAUGGCUGCAAUAAAAAAAUGUAUCUCUCAAAGAUGCGUAGUCAUGCAGCUUCAUGUUCCAAGUACCAGAAUUACAUCAUGGAAGGUGUGAAAGCUGUAACUAAAGAACCACUGCACAACAGCAGGAACUUGCCAAAUCGAUUUACCUUUCCUUGCCCAUAUUGCAACGAGAAAAACUUUGAUCAAGAAGGACUUGUUGAACACUGCAAAACAUUGCACAGCAUGGAUGCAAAACAAGUGGUUUGCCCAAUUUGUGCCUCAAUGCCAUGGGGAGAUCCAAAUUACAGGAGUGCAAACUUCAUGGAGCAUCUUCAAAGACGACAUCGCUUUUCAUAUGAUACUUUUGUGGAUUAUGAUGCUGAUGAAGAUGCUAUGAUGGCACAGGUUUUGAUGCGUUCUUUGCGGGACAAAUGAACCAACUAGAAGACUAACUGUUAAACUAAGCUUCCAUGAGGGGGAAGUGUCCAGCAUCCUCACACUUCUACAUCCCAAGGUGAACUCAGGCAUCCAGAAAUAUGGAAGACUUUUUAAUCUCUAUCUCAAUUUCUGGUUUGAUAUUUCUGUAUCACUCAGUCUUUUGUUAAUGUGUUCUGUGCCACUCAACCCUGUCAGCCUAAUUUUCUUGUUUCACACAAAAAGUAAUUGUAGGUCAAUGUGGAGGAGACAAAUCUCUUUUCCUUCACGUAUUCUUGAUUCCUUUUGCAGUUGUUUUCACUUGACUGUCUAAAAACAAAAUCAUUCCCAAUGGAAAUGGCCUGAACUAGUUUAGUAAGUAUCUUUUCCCAAUCUCAUUUACAUAUCUUAAAUGAUAGUAAGAGGUGUGUUUGUAGCUCUGUUUUCCUUUUGUGAGACCUCUAGGUGCUAAUUGUAAUUGUCAGACCAGCUCAUUUAAAGUGACCUAUGAUGCCUGUGAUUUCAUGUUUCCCAGUGUUUAAAUUCUUACAUGCAGCCUCUCAACUAUAUGGAAAACAUGUCUAUGAAUCUUCAAACUACAAACUUGCUUAGCAAAUCUUUGGACCUAGUGUAAGCAACUAGUUUAAAAUAUUUUACUUCUAUGCAUGACAUAUUACUUUCUUCCAUAAUUUCUCACCUGGAAAAUAAACUUUAAUGUUAGUUAAAAUGCAGCAUUUUUAACUAUCUUAGCAGGUAUUUAUUGGUAGUUUUUUAACUGGUUCACGAGUGACUUUAAGCCUUAUGCUGAUAGGGGAACUCAGAAGGUUUUUUCCAAUACCUCUGUUUUCUAUCUAAACUAAAAUUUUCAUAUAUAUUUGGUAGCAAAACUUAGUAAUAAUUCAUAGCACCUGCAUAUCACUGCCUUUCUGCAUUACAUAUUUUGAAUUCCUCGUCUUCAAUUAAAUGUUACAAAAGUAGCUGAAGCUGUACUUAGAUUGUUUUCCAUAUAAUAUUGUGUAUAUAGUAUGCAGGUAUAGCUUUCAAACAAGAAGUAAAAUGUAACCCAGAAAGCAAGAUGAUGAUUCAAAUACAUGCUAAAUGGAUACUCUGUGCAGCUCUACACUUUCACUGGAGAGAUUCCUUUUUAGUUCAAUGUUUUCAUUACCUUCACAGUCAAGGUGCUGAGAUCUAAAGUUUUAAGAUACCUGAAGAGAAGCUGUAAAUCACAGUAGUGUUGAGAUGCCAAGUCUGAUUUAAGUGUAUUUAAUUGGAGCAGUGGACCUGCACCACCACAGAACAGAGUGAUAAUUAAUAUAUUUGGCAAGUAAAUGUAAUGCCAUCACACCUGGCAGACUGCAGCAUAGCCUUACCCUUAAAACAAUGAAACACUUCCCAGCUGAAACCCAAUAUAAACUUUGUGUCCAGACAAACCUCUAACAUAUCUAAGUUGAACUUGGUUUUUGUAUGUUCUCCCUAACUUGGUAUGGGCUCUUACAGACUUAUCCUGAAAGUUCUGCUUGGUGACUGGGAUCUCUUGAAGGUGGGGUGGAAAAAUAAUUCUCAUUGUACUGUGGAAAAAUUAUGGUGCUUGGGAUUGGUUAUUUUAAUUCUUGAUGUGCAAAGAGAUUACAGUGUGUUAGUGGUUGGAUGAGGAUUUCUGGGUUCUGGCUAGAAUGCAGUUUGGUGAUGCCAAUUGACCAAAAUCUAGAUUUCUGCUGCUCUUCUAAGUGCACUUCCAUGCAGUUCUGACAAAAUGUUUAGGGAGCAGUUAGAAGCUUCCAAACAACUACUUAGUCAUGUUUUUGACUUCUGAAGACAAGUUAUAAAUUAAAUUACCUUUAUUUGUAAAAUCCUA